CGCCGCCCCAGUUCAUACUUUUGAUCCACUUACCACAUUUCUACCCAGAACUAUCAACAUCGACAACAGCACCAGGACCCAGUCACAGCAAGAGAAAGACUUCCACCGGCUCUGGUGUGCCACAUGCCACCAACCCAAGACACCACCGCAAAAUGGCAUCCUCAAAUCUAGAGAAGAACUUCGCGACAAACAACAUCACCAUCUCCGACGACGAACAACAACCCACCUCUUCAAAAUCCCACAAAACCUACACCUCCCACCAAGAUGACUCCACCCUCCCACCAACCUCCCCCCUCACCCCCCAACUCGCCCGCAAACUCUCCGCCCGCCAAGUCCAAAUGAUCGCCAUAGCAGGCACAAUCGGCACAGGCCUCUUCCUCGGAACCGGCAACAGUCUCACACGCGGCGGCCCGGGCAGCAUGCUAAUCUCCUACGCAAUCGUAGGCUUCAUCGUCUUCGUCACAAUGCUCUCACUGGGCGAAAUGGCAGCCUACACUCCCAUCGCAGGGAGUUUUUGUACGUUUGCGGGGAGAUAUGUGGAUGAGGCGUUUGGAUUUAGUUUGACGUGGAAUUAUUGGUUUAAUGAUGCGGUUUCGACGGCGUCGGAUCUUGUGGCUUUGCAGUUGUUGUUGAAGUAUUGGACGACGGAGAUGCCCGGGUGGGCGUUGAGUCUUAUUUUCUUAUUUGUGUUGAUUGGGUUGAAUAUUGUGUCGGUGAGGGCUUAUGGUGAGAUGGAGUAUUGGUUGAGUUUGUUGAAGGUGGCGACGAUUGUGGUGUUUAUUAUUUUGGGGAUUGCGGUGAAUUGUGGGGCGAAUACUGAUAAAGAGUAUAUUGGUGGGAGGUAUUUCUUGCAAGGAGAUGCGCCGUUUGUGAAUGGGAUUGGAGGAUUUGCUUCGGUGUUCGUGACGGCGGCGUUUGCGUAUGGUGGGACGGAGAGUAUUGCGAUUACUGCUGGAGAGACGAAGAAUCCGGCGAAGACGCUGCCGAGGGUUAUUCGCAAUGUCUUCUGGCGCAUCCUCAUCUUUUACAUCCUCUCCGUCCUGAUCAUUGGCCUUAACGUCCCAUACACAUACCCGGACCUCGCUACCAGGGACGCCCACACCAGUCCGUUCACCGUCGUCUUCCAGAUGGCAGGCAGCAAAGUCGCAGGCUCCUUCAUCAACGCCGUUGUCAUGACCUCUGUCAUCUCAGCCGGAAAUCACGCACUCUUCGCUGGUGCCCGUCUGAUGUACUCGCUUGCAGUCAAUCGACACGCACCUCAAUUCAUGGGCCAACUGAACAGACACCAGGUUCCUUGGGUCGCUGUCCUUCUGACCUCGGCCAUCUCAGGACUCUGCUUCGGAGCCUCAUAUAUUGGCGCCGGACAGCUCUGGACCUGGCUCCAAAAUAUCGUGGGAGUGAGCAACCAACUAUCCUGGAUCGCCAUCGGAUUCGCCUCUCUUCGCUUCCGAGCCGGACUGCGAAAGCAGGGACUCGAGCACCUGCUCCCAUUCAAGAACUGGACAUAUCCAUACGGACCAAUCUUGAGCGUCGUACUGAACUCAUUCUUGGUUCUGGUACAAGGCUGGACUUGCUUCUCUCCAAAGUUCAAGCCCGUCGAUUUCGUGUCAUUCUACAUUCAGCUACCAAUCCUCGCCGGAAUGUUCGUGGUCUGGAAGUUAGUGAAAAAGACGAAGUGGGUGAAAUUAGAAGAGAUGGAUCUCGUCUCAGAUCGCUACGACACGAACCUCACAUUGGAGGAGCGUGAGAAAGCGCUAAAUGAGGCAAGCAUGUCGAACUGGAAGGAGGCAAAAGGAGCGAAGGAAAAGUCGCUUGCGAUAGGACAGUGGCUGUUUCUUUGA